AUGGUUGCCAGGCCAAUCACGGCCAUCAUCUUCACAUUUCUCCUCUUCUUCCUCUUCCUCCACACCGCAAGCCCGGCUCUCGUCGGGGAAGACGAAGACCGCUCCGUGCUUUUAGUCUUCAAGGCCAGCGUGUCCGGCGACCCCAAGGGAGCCCUUGCUGGCUGGGGCUCGCCGGACGUGUGCAACUGGACCGGAGUCGCUUGCGACAUGAAGGCGACACGGCGCCGGGUUGUCAAGUUAAUACUAAGUGAACAAGAGCUCUUCGGCGAGGUCUCUCCUGCGCUUGGCAACCUCUCGCACCUCAGGACACUCAACCUCUCCGGCAACCACUUCGCUGGCAGCAUCCCGCCGGAGCUCGGCAACCUUUCCUAUCUUAAGUUUCUUGAUGUGUCCUUGAACAUGCUCAAUGGGUCGAUUCCGCCAGAGCUCGGCAACCUCUCCCACCUAAAGUUUCUCGACGUGUCAUCGAACAUGCUCGCCUGGACAAUCCCGCCGGAGCUCGGCAACCUCUCCCGUCUCAAGUUUCUCGACGUGUCGUCGAACACGCUCGCUGGGACGGUCCCGCCGGAGCUUGGCAACCUCUCGAGACUUAGCUCCCUUGAUCUCUCUGGGAAUGUCUUUAAUGACUUUGUUGGGGCAGUGCCGUGGGAGCUCGGGAAGCUUUCCCGGCUGAAGCAGCUCAGCCUCAGUGGAAACCAGUUGGAGGGCUCGAUUCCGGUGGAGCUCGCGCUUAUGCGGAGUCUGGCAUACCUCAAUCUCGGUCGGAACAACCUCUCCGGGAACAUCCCGUCCACCAUCUUCUGCAACCUCUCCGCCUUGCACUAUGUUGAAAUGUCGUCCAACUCUCUCAACGGCAAAAUCCCCAUACGAGCGGAUUGCUCACUACCAAAGCUCACCUCUCUCGUGUUGUGGUCCAACAACCUCCAUGGCGGCAUUCCCCCCGCGUUGUCAAACUCGACAAACCUUCGAUGGCUGCUGCUGCAGUCGAACUAUCUCGACGGCGAGCUGCCGUCCAAUGACAUGUUCAGCGGCAUGAGGAGCCUCAAGUAUUUGCACCUGUCGUUCAACUCACUCUCGGCGGCGAACUCCCGGAACAACACCGGCCUCGAGCCGUUCUUUGCGUCACUUACCAACUGCACCGGCCUGAAGGAGCUCGGGGUCGCUGGGAAUGACAUUGCCGAUAGGAUCCCGUCUGUCGUUGGUCGCCUCCCUCCCGGACUCAUGCAGCUCCACCUUGAGUUCAACCGAAUCUUUGGCCCGAUCCCCGCGAACAUCUUCAACCUCACCAACCUAAACCUCCUCAACCUCUCCCAUAACCUCCUCGACGGAUCCAUCCCACAGGGCAUCGCCAGCAUGCGACAGCUCGAGCAACUGCACCUCUCAAAUAAUCUGCUCUCCGGCGACAUCCCACCGUACCUAGGCACGAUCCCACGCCUAGGGUUCAUUGAUUUUUCACAGAACCAGCUCACCGGCGCUAUUCCUCCGAGUAUCAUGCAGUGUGUGACCCUGCAAAAUCUCGAUCUCUCUCACAACAAGCUGCAAGGCAAGAUACCAGAUAGCUUGUCGAGGAUGAGCGGGUUGCUCUACCUAAACCUUGCCGGCAACCUGCUGUCUGGUGCGAUCCCGAUGACCAUCGGCGAGGUGGUUAAGCUGGAAAUGCUCAACCUGUCGUCAAAUCAUCUCUCUGGCACGAUCCCACCACAACUCAGCACUUGUAUCGAGCUCGUGUACCUCGACGUCUCCUGCAAUGGCCUAACGGGGCCCCUACCUCUGUCCUUGGAGAAGGCGGUGUCGCUGCGGCAUGUUAACUUUUCCUACAACGACUUCUCAGGCGAGGUGCCGAGCGGUGGGGUCUUUGCGGGGUUCCGUGCGGACGCGUUCCUCGGCAAUGCCGGACUCUGUGCAAGGACGAAGUCGAUGACGCCUCCUUUGGCUAGGUGCAACGGUGCUGCUUCACACCGGCGAGUGGUGUUGCUCGUCGUCGUCACAGCCACGAGCUUCAUGCUGGCAAUCAUUGGGCUCACAGUGCUCGACGCAAAUACUGGAGGCGGAGAGGUAUGCCGGAGUUUCAAGCGCGAGUGCGAUGUGUUGCGGCAGACGCGGCACCGAAACCUGGUGCGCGUGGUCACCACGUGCAGCCAGCCGGACUUCCACGCGAUUGUGCUCCCGCUGAUGGCCAAUGGUAGCCUCGAGAGCCACCUCUACCCGCGUGUCGGCGGCCCCGGACGUGGCAUGGACCUCGCAUGGUUGGUCUCCAUCGCCGGCGACAUAGCCGAGGGGCUCACCUACCUGCAUCACUACGCUCCCGUCCGCGUCGUGCACUGCGACCUUAAGCCCAGCAACGUGCUCCUCGACGACGACAUGACCGCCGUUGUGGCUGACUUUGGCAUCGCUCGGAUGGUCAAGGACAUUGGCGACGACGACAACAACACAGGGUCUGCUGAUCCCUGCAACUCCACUGCCGGAUUGUUGCAAGGUUCCGUGGGCUACAUCGCGCCAGAGUAUGGGCUAGGAGGCCGCUCUUCGAGGGAAGGUGACGUGUACAGCUUUGGGGUGAUGCUACUAGAGCUGAUCACCGGGAAGCGCCCGACCGAUGUGCUCUUCCAAGGAGGACUCACAUUGCACGACUGGGUGAGGCGGCACCACCCACAUGAUGUCACCGACAUCAUCGCACGGUCAUGGCUAGCGACCACGGACGAGAUGUUGUCGGCGGUACAAGCGAACAACAUCGUCGUCAAGCUCAUGGAACUUGGGAUCGCGUGCACUCAACACUCGCCGAUGGUGCGGCCCACCAUGGUGGAGGUGUGCCACGCGAUCGCUCUCCUCAAGGAUUCGUUUUCUUCCUGA